AUGCUCACAAUGCUGACAUGUGCAUUCUUCCAAUGGGCCCUGUGGUCUUUGCUGGUGGCGGAGGAUGCGUGGGCAGAGAAGCAGGAUCCGGAGUCCUGCUUGCUUCAGCAUCGGCCCCUUCCGCCAGAGCUGGCCCCAUUCCCGGCACCCACGGAGUCGACGCAGCGCAUGUGGACCACGCCAGGUGUCCACUUCCAGCAGUGCUCGACGAGAAAGCAGAGCCCGGCGAGCCCCAUCCUGGCGCUCCAGGUGAACGACUCGCAGCUGCCUCCGAAGCCCACCUGCCAGCCAGGCGAGAUGUUGAUCGGCAGCUUUGAAAAUGACUCCUACGUCUUCACUUGCUGUGCCGGUGAGGAGUGCAGUGGCUGCUCUGUCAUGCGAGAAAGCAGCUGCGCCCAGUGCGCGUCUGGCUUUGUGUGGCAGACAAUGCCAAUUGUAAACAAGUCCAGGUGCUUCAUUUGUGAUGAUUUGCCAGAGUGGAAGGACGCUAAAGGCAGGACUUGUGCAGACUAUGAGUCGAUCUGUGACGGCGGCUGGCCAGAUCUUGAGAAAGACAAAGCUUUUCAGGGACUACGGCCCAGCGAGGCAUGCUGUACCUGCGGAGGAGGCAGCAUCUCACCCACUCCGGUGUCCCUGCCGCUUGCUGCCGAAGUUCUCUUUCAGGGCCAGGCGGUGGAUGCUUAUCCGGAACCAUCUGCGAUGGAGAGGGUGGAGGUCGACGCAGGCUGUGACCUGGAAAGCGGGGGCUUGGCGCUGUCAACCUCUGGCCGAAUCCACGGGACGGUCCAUGCGCAGGCCAUCAAGUGCCAGAUCACUGUGGUGCAGGACUCUGUGCGUGGUCUAUCCUCCCAGCUUGUCUUGGACGUCCCGGUCCACGACUUCUCGUACGGCAGUUCUGUCGUCAUGUUCAAAUCUUGGCGCCUUGACGAUCUGCCGGCCGAAGAAGCGACGAAGACCGUGCAGCACAGCAACAAAGAGAUCUACAUGCUGCAGAAGCCCGGGGGGAGCCGCUCCAGGGGCACCUUCCAUUGUGGCAGCGAUGGGCGACUGCGCUCCUGGAUACGCUCGAGAACGCUCGAGUACGUGCUCGAGUGCUCUCGAGUAUGCUCGUGUGCGCUCGAGUACGCUCGCUACUCGCGCAUACUCGCGCACACUCGCCAAUACCCGCGCAAACACAUCUUUCUUCUGCAAAAGUUGUAUGGGCAUGCCAACCCAGGUGGCGACAUCAAACCAGAUGUAAUUUAA